AUGGAAUACCCUCCCCAAUAUCAACAGGCCCACGGGCAACAUCCACAUGCUCCCUCUCACAUCCCUGGUCCUUACCAAACCGGGCCACCAAAUGCCGGUCCUCCUGUUGGGUCGAUGGCCUCACCCUCCAACGCCCAGGCACCCAUCCAAUCUCACUCAAACCAUCAGUCCUCUCUUAUCGUUCCGUCGCAACCUCAUUACCAACAAGCACAGAAUGGACCCGGAGGUGUUCACCAACAAAUGAAUUUUCCCCAAAGCUAUGGUGUCCCCACGCCCAUGGGUCAGGGUUACGGCAUCUCGCCGACGCAGGCUGCUGCGAUGGCCACUGCAGCUGCGUCUGGGCAAUUCUACCCCCUCCACCAGGAUUCCAUGGCCGGCCAGAUUCCCCAGGGUUCCAGAGCCUCGCCGCGCAUGGCGAGCAUGCAGAUGAAGGACCGUGACCCUCGAUCGCCCCCCCAGAUGCAAAACCAGAUGCCCCCGAUGGGAUCGCAGGUUCAGAUGCAAAACCAGCAACUUUCCCAACGUCGCAUGAGUCAUGUCGGUAGCCCCAAUGUCCAGACUGCGCAGCCCGUUAUGAGCCACGUCGGCCGGGCCCCCAUCGCCGCCCCACUUCCCCAGGCUCCCGUACAACAAAGCCAGCCCUCACCCGACAUGGUACCCGGCGGCAACCAAGAAGAGUCGCCACUGUACGUAAACGCCAAGCAGUUCCAUAGAAUCUUGAAGCGUCGCGUAGCGCGACAAAAGCUGGAGGAGCAGCUGCGUUUGACAUCAAAGGGUCGUAAGCCUUAUCUGCACGAGUCCCGACACAAUCACGCCAUGCGAAGACCGCGUGGACCCGGUGGACGUUUCCUGACUGCAGAUGAAGUGGCCGCUAUGGAGAAACGAGAAGAGGUAACGGGUCAGCCUGUCACCUUCGAGGAUCUCAGCAAGCCAUUGCCAACCGAGAAUGGUGGGCAGAAGCGCAAGUCAAGUGAAGCUCACGGCGAAGGCUCGAAUUCUUCUAAGAAAACGAAGGUUAACGCCAGCGCUGAUGGAAGCGAAGGGGAUUCUGCUGAGCCCUCAGAUGAGGACGGCUAG